AUGGCGCAGAAUACUCCGACUUGCAUGGGCAAUUUUGCGAGACCCAUCAUUGAAGCUACCAACUCUGCCAUAGUUCUACCUACUGCAGUUCGCAACUACAUCUUAAAGCCCAACGAUGCCAAUUUGUUGCCAUUGUACCAUGGGAUGCCUAGUGAGGAUGCGCUAAACUUUAUUCGAGAUGUUUGCACCCAGGUACAGACGUUCCCGCUCCUCAACAUCACGGAGGACCAAUUAACAUUGAAGUGUUUUCAAUAUGCGCUGAAGGAUAGAGCACGAAGUUGGUUGUUAUCCCUACCGCCAAAUUCGAUCACUACUUGGAAUGAAGCUUGCGAGAAAUUCAUGCUCAAAUACUAUCCCAAUCAUAAGACGCAAGAACUUCGUACCAAAAUUAUGGAAUUCACACAAGAAGCGGAUGAGCCUUUUCAUGAGGCGUGGGACAGAUUUCAGGAGCUAUUACGGCAGUGCCCGCAACAUCAACUUGCACCAACUAUGGUGAGUCAAUUCUUCUAUGAUGGAUUGGGGCAGACUUCUCAAUUUAUAGUAGAUAGCACUGCCGGAGGAAACAUAGCCCGUAAGACCGCGGAGGAGCUCAACCAAAUCUUCCAAACUCUAGCCGAGAGUUCUCAACAAAAGUUGGUUCGUGGUAAAAGGGUCGAGGCCAGUGCUGUAUCACAGAAUGGAGAUUUGCAAAAACAAUUGGCCUCAAUUAUGCGAGAAGUACAACAGCUCAAGAUGAGCAAGAUGGAACCGCCCCCUGUACCAGUGCAGAGCGUACAUCCUUGUGGAAUUUGUGGUGACCUUAGUCAUGGAGUUGAUCAAUGCAACAGAAUGGGCGAGUUCACGCCAGAAGGGCAAGCUGAAGUUUACUCUGCGCAAGGAUUCCAGAGCAGACCAGACGGACAGAGCAGACUACAGUAUGGGCAGAGCAAUAACCAAGGCCAUCAGAAUUUCAAUGGUGGAUGGAGAGGACAGCAGUCCUAUGCACCGCAGCCAAACAACUCCCAACAAUACCCACCGAGGUACCAGCAGCAAGGGAACUUUCAGCGAAAUCAACGAUUCCAGAAUGCACAGUAG